UUGCUUUUUCUUUUCCAUUAAAAAUACAAGAAUCAUCAUCUAGAACGUAGUUUUGUUCUCUAUCUUUUUGAUCGCAUUACUUUCGUGACCUGGAACUCCGACUCCUCCAUCACCGCCUUCUCCAGUUGAUCAGGUAUUUGUGCUCUCCUUUUGCUCGAUGAGAAGUGUUUAACCUUGCUUCAGACACACUCAAACAUACCUGUGGCCUGGUUUCCAUCAUGUCGCUGUGGGGGCAGAGGUUCCAUCAUACGGCCAAGAUGUCGGAGCCGAUCCGAGAACAGGCGCUCAGGAAUGGGUACAAGAAGCUUGACUUUCUCGUUACUCUUCGAAAUCAAGCCAUUAUGUAUGUGUCGUUUGAAGAUAUCGGCAGAUAUGCUUCUUUCGUCCACCUGCCUCCGCCAACCCCUGACGAGGCUGAGAGCUCGGACUCGUGGGAGCAUGGCUCGGAGGGUACUAUUGAAGCCACCACCGAGCAUGAGUCUGACCAGGAGCAAGAAAACAACGAAGAGGACCCUUGGGAUGCCCAAGCUUCGGCAAGCGCUGCAGCCGCGGACGAGCUAGACGCCAUUGACUCGCCAGACGACACUGGUCCUGACGAGCCCGCCGAAGAUGAUGACACCCGAAACGAUACUGAGGCCGCCGAGAAAGAGGCCUUCGAUCGUGACAUGGUCAUACUGGCCGCUGCUAUUGCUAGCGGCCCCCCUCCUGCUGAGAGCAGUACAACUUCCAACGCCGCUGAGGCUUUUACCAUCAACACCACGACAGCAGAGGGUUCGGUAACUACCAACAAAUGGCUUACAAAUGGCCCUGGAAGCAACGAGGGAAGCAAAGGUCGGUCUUCGGGUCAGUCUAUGGACGUUGACACCGUUUCGCCCACUGACACCGAGGGCACCAACCCCGAGUGGCUCACGAACACCCCCGGUUCUCCCUACGACAACGAAGCGACCACCUCUUCCAACAACGGGAACAGCCGUAGCCAGACUGAUAAGGGCUACGUUAAUGCGGCUCAGGAAGAUGGUGACGCAGACGCAGACGCCGACUCUGAUGGGGAGGUGGAGGACAAUCCCGCCCGGUUCAAUAACAUCCACUUCCCUUUUUACAUGCGACCAAGCACUCUCUUCGAUACUCCUCCCACUUGGGCGGAACAGUACAAGAAGUUUUUCGACAAAGCCUUCGAGAUCUGGAGUGCGUUUUCCCACAACCGCGCACCCAGACCACUCCGGGCACGACUCGAAGAUCCGCGUACGCACGAGGCGGCGGUCAAGAGAUACAAUCUGAUCAAUCUGGGCCUCUACCCUUGUGUCACUGUAGACCAUCUCAUCGAGCUGAAGCGUCGUAUUGGCGAUAUUGCCCACUUCUGUGAUUGGAUGCAAGGAAACAUGCGGGAGAUCGAGUUUGACAAGGACUUGAGAAAAGACAUCAUCCACACCUAUCCCUCCAACUCACCACUUCGACUUCGGACCAGAGGCCUCGGAAGUUCUCUGCGCUACGUGACCCAUGUCGACGAGGGUUGGGCUGACUCGGAGGACAACUGGGGAAUGCCUCCUCCCAUGAAGAAGCGAAACCUGAUGCAGUUUCGUUCGUCACAGAACACAACUUGGUAGAAAAUGGUGGGGUUCUUUUAGUUGGUUCGGGGAAGAGAACAGGAGACCACAGGAGACCGACACAGAUUUAAGAGAUCUUGACCACACUUAGAUGGCGCCAUGACUUUUGUUUCGAGUUUGUUUGGCGUACGGGAACAUAGGAAGCACAGCGAGCUUGGAGGCAGCGAUUACUA